AUGGCACCACCAAUGAAACAACUUCUCGAGACUAUGUGUGGAGGAGAUUUCAUGAAUAAAAACCCCGAUGAAGCAUUUCAAUUCCUUGAUUAUGUUGCUGAGGUAUCUAGAAGUUGGGAUGAACCAAUCGUCAAGGAACCAUCUAGAGAUAGAACAAUGAACAGAGCAAGAGCUAGUGGAGUGUAUACCUUACCAGAGGGUUUAGAUGUCCAAGCAAAGUUAGCAACCGUUAUGAGAAGGUUGGAUGAUUUGGAAUCCAAGGGAGUUCAAGAGGUACAAAUAGUCAAUGAGGGUGCAAGAUAUGUUUACGAGCAAGCCAAUGCCUUAGGGACAUACAAGCAAUAUUCUAGCAACUCUCCAUAUUCCAACACUUAUAAUCCGGGUUGGAGGAAUCAUCCAAAUCUAUCAUGGAGGGGAGGUAACAAUGGCCAGUUUCAACAGCAAGGAAACCGAUUUCAGGGUAAUCAGACUAAUGGGCAGCAAGGCUUUCAACCACAAGGUAUGCCAUCUCAGAAUUUUCAACAGCAACAUCAAACCUCAUCAUCUAACUCAAGCCUGGAAGACAUGAUGAGAGAGUUUAUACAGAAGCAAGACAAGCGUAAUGAAGAUCAAAGUAGGAUAAAUGCUCAAACAUCUCAAGAACUAGUGGAUAUUCGAACCACUUUGAGCCAACUUGCUGUAAGUUUAUCUCAAGAGAAAGGAAAAUUCCCAGCUCAACCACAGAAAAAUCCGAGAGGAGUAAAUGAAGUUUCUAAAGUGCAAAAGGAAGAUUGCAAUGCAGUUAUCACACUCAGAAAUGGGAAAGAAUAUGAAGGGCCCAAGUUACCUGUAAGUGAAGAUAUUCCUGCUAGAGAUGAACCAACUGUGGAGAAAAAUGUUAGAAAUGAGAAAGCGUCUGAAAAUGAGGAAGUCAUUAGACACAAAGUGGGGGAUAAGACUUUAGAGAUUUUGGAAGUUUUGAAGCAAGUGAAGAUCAACAUUCCACUCCUUGAUAUGAUCAAGCAAGUUCCUGCUUAUGCAAAGUUCCUCAAAGACUUAUGCACUCAAUUGGGAUUGGGAGAGCUUAAGGCUACUACCAUUACACUCUCUUUAGCAGACCGUUCGAUUAAAGUACCCAGAGGAGUAGUCGAAGAUGUUUUGGUGCAAGUUGAAAAGUUCUACUACCCAGUGGACUUUGUGGUGUUAGAUACAGAACCAUUGAAAAAGGGUAUGAAUUCUGUUCCAAUUAUUCUUGGAAGACCUUUCCUUGCUACAGCCAAUGCUCUCAUUAACUGUCGAAAUGGAUUGAUGCAUUAUCUUUUGGGAACAUGA